AUGCCUGUCUGCGGCUACGAAGGCCUGCCGCCGGCGCUCUACCACCACAUCAGCACCGCGCAUCCCAUGCCCGUGCACAGGAUCCAGUACGGCAAGGUGAUCCAGCUUCAAGUGCCACUGUCAGAGCCACGGCUCUUGCUGUUCGCGGAGGAGGACCGCCGCGCGUUUUUCUUGGUCGGCGGCGUGCUCGACAUAGGUGCGCCUAUCGUCGUGUCGGUCGUCUGCAUCAGAGCGGGGGCGUCCCCACUACCGCACUACGUGGCCAAGCUGUGGGCGAACGGCCCACCGGGGGAGCCCAAAGGCACGACCGACGCCGUCAAGGUGGAAAUGGAGGUGACAAGCAGCAAGGAUCCUGGCGACGUCGAUGUGCAGGAGCUGACCUUCUUGACAGUUCCGCCCAAGCUGCUGGCCGGGGCUAAGCUUGUGUCCCUCCACAUUCAUAUUGACAAGCUCACGUCCUAA